ACAGUAAACUUUACCCCUCCUCUUAAUGAUCAUAUGAUGCUGGCUAAACACAAUCUGCUUGACGAGGAAGAAAGGAGGAGGACAACUAGCUUACUCCCUUUACCUGACAGAAAGAAGUAAAGAACGACAGAGGGAGAGAAAGAGAGAGUUGCUUUGAAGGCAUAGGAAUAGACCAAGAACACACAACAGAAGACAACAGGAGCCUACAAGUACAAAGGAUUUUUAAAAGGGGGAGCAUGACUACUAUUCAAGUGACUGUGUAUGGACCAAAGAAACAGUGGAGAAAGAAUUCUAAUGGACAGCUCAAUUUGGAUAGAGGAGUGGACAUUACUGCGAGUCCUCCUAAAAAACUGUCCCACUCUAUCGAGGAGAUCCUGAAGAAGCCAUUCAGAGUGGGAGAAGAGAGGCGAAAGGGGCUAGGUGGAUGGUCUGUUAACAGACAGAAUGAAGAAUGCCCAUACCAACAUGUACAUACAGAAGGAACGUUUCAACACAGGGUGCGGCCACAGCAUGUGCACAUCGUCACUGACUGGAGAGGUGACCAUACUUCAUUUCACCACAACACAGAGGUCACAAGACUACACCCUGGAGAGUGCAACAUUGACCGCAUCUCCCCAGACCACAGUGGGGACUCCAGCAGCCACAGUAAUGGCUCCUGUAAGGAUAGUAUUGUUCAGGGCAGAGCAGGGAGAGAGGAGGGCCAGGACCAAGGCAGAACCCAGUGGGAGAGGAACAGCUGCCAGGCUCGUCAUGUGCAGAGGAGGAGAAGGAAGACCCGAACCAGCUUCACUACAGGUCAGGUGGAGAAGCUGGAGAAGGUGUUCCUGGAGACCCACUAUCCUGAUGUCCACAUCCGGGACACGCUGGCCUCUCAUCUGCAGCUCACUGAGGGAAGAGUACAGAUUUGGUUCCAGAACCGCAGAGCCAAAUGGAGGAAGACUGAGACGCUAAGGGACGUGAAAAUGAUGGCCAGAGACCAGUCCCCUAUAUGUACAUCCAAACCUGGGCUACUUUAUAGUAAGGGUGAAGAGGCUAUCUCUCUGUUUCCGUUGAAUGCUUACUCACUACGGUACGGGCCGUACCAACUACUACAAAAGCUUCACCCAGGGGGAUUUCCAUUCCAGCCUUUUCUACCUAUGUUGCCACACCUGCAUCACCAAGCUCUAUGCUCCCCCUGGAUCUGACAUUCAUUCCCCAUCCCAAUAGUCACUUUCAGUUGACACAAUGAACACUAAAGCAAUUCAUCUUCAAAGCUUUGUAAAUAGGAUGCAUCUGUAUGUUGUCAUCUGUGUCCGUGAUGAUGGAAUCAUGGUGCUGCUGUUGAAACUGAUGAAUGAAUUGAUAAUUGAGUAUUAUCUCGCACAGAUAAAGCAAUAUGGCUGAGUAAAGUGAAUGAAAUGUUUAUGUUUUUUAUCAACUCACUUCCACUUAUCCAGAUAUGUUGAUUGGAAUUGUAUAAUGAUAUUGUAAAUACAUGAAUACACAUACAUAAAUAAAUACUGUAAUACAUCUAAUUCCUAAUGAUUACAUUUGUGUUGUGGCUGUAUUUCUUAUGUGGCUGUGGUUCUGAAAAUCUUGUGUAACAUUGAUGUUAAGAAUAGUCCCUGUACACUAAAAUAGGCUCUGAAAGAUAAUCCCUAUUGUAGGACUUCUUAUGUACAGGUAUAAAUACAUGUGAAAGUGUACAUUUCCAUUAAUAAAGCUGGUA